AGAGAGGCCCUGACAUAAUAGCCUUCAAUCUUUAUAUAAACACCACGACACUCCUUAUUCAGGGUUAGGGUUUUACACUGCGGCAGCUACUUCGGCUCCAUCUUCUUCGAUCUCUCAAACUCUAUCGGCGCAGAACCAAUCCUAUAUCACUAUGGGGAAGACACAUGGAAUGGGAGCUGCCCGCAAGCUGAAGUCUCACCGUAGGAGACAAAGGUGGGCUGACAAGUCAUACAAAAAGUCUCAUCUUGGAAAUGAAUGGAAGAAGCCUUUUGCUGGUUCAUCCCAUGCAAAGGGUAUUGUUCUUGAAAAGAUAGGUAUUGAGGCUAAGCAGCCCAACUCUGCCAUUCGAAAAUGUGCCAGGGUUCAACUCAUCAAAAAUGGGAAGAAGAUUGCUGCAUUCGUGCCAAAUGAUGGUUGCUUAAAUUACAUUGAAGAGAAUGAUGAAGUCUUGAUAGCUGGAUUUGGACGAAAGGGUCAUGCCGUGGGUGAUAUUCCUGGAGUCAGAUUCAAGGUCGUGAAGGUUUCUGGUGUGUCUCUCCUGGCUCUCUUCAAGGAGAAGAAAGAGAAGCCUAGGUCUUAGUCUUGUGGGACGUGUCCUCUCUAGUUUCUCCAAAAAAUUAUUAUGAAUUUUACUUCAUGAGACUGGAUGAGUUCUAUGGACAAUUUUGUAUCUCUCUGGUAGCAAUUUUUCUGAACUAAAUUUGGUUCAUAUCUCAUACUUGGGCUCCAUUUUUAUAGAGAAUGCUUUGUGUGAAGUUCGGUCAAUUUUA